GAAAGCAGAAAUGAAAGCGAAACAGGGGCAAAAAAGCGAUACGCGAGCGGCGGAGCACGAGAGAGACAGAAACGGAGAAGAAUAGGGGCGCAGGAAGAGCUGCGCGGACGAUCGGCAGAGGAAGAGAAAGGUAACUUAGCUGUACUUAACUUCUAAUAAGAAUGGCCAGUGGAAACAUGAUUCCCUCUAAUGGAACCAACCUAAUUCAAACAUCCCAGGGGUUCCCCUGUGUUGCUGUUCAGGUAUCUGGAGCAAUACCAAAUCAUCAGUAUGGAGCUCAGCAACUUGGAACUUCCAUCAAUGCUCAACAAGUGCCCCCAAAUCGUUUGGAGAGAUUCUUCAAUGCUGAGAUCAAAGUACUUGGGACCGUCCAAAUCAUGAUUGGGUUGAUGCACUUUGGCCUUGGGGCUGUUGCAGUGUGCCUUGCGUUCACAGGCUACUUUGCCAUUUCUGUAUUUGGAGGUUACUCCUUUUGGGGAGGGAUCUUAUUCAUUUCUUCUGGAUCACUAUGUAUAUCAGCUGCGAAGAAUCAAAAUCGUAGUUUGGUGAAAUGUUGUGUAGGGAUGAACAUCACAAGUGCCAUAAUUGCAUUAUUCGGUAUUCUGCUGUAUAUACUUGAGCUGACCAUGGGUGAUAGUUUUUCUUUAAAUUUCAAUUCAGAGGAUUGGAUAAAAAAAGUCGGCAUUUGCCUCUCCAGCGUGUUGUUCUUGUUCAGAUUGCUGGAAUUUUCCAUCGCUGUUUCACUUGCACAUUUUGGAUGCCAGGCAACUUGCUGUGCUGAUGACCAGGCAGCCAUGGGUUACCAAGUAAUCAGCGGAUAUGCACCAGUCUCAACUGAAACAAAUUCAUCCUUUCCACCAGCCUAUGACCAGCCAGAGUAAGAAAAAAACAACAAACCCUGGAAGGAAUUGUGAGAAGUGUUGCACCAGUGGUGAUAGGAGAAGCAAUUCAUAUUAUAUUGUUUUAUUUUAUUCACUAGCUUGUUUAUUUUUCAAUUGCAGCCUUUAAGCACCACACUGAAUGGUGGCAAGUUUUAAAAGAACUUUUUUUUUCAUUAUUGUUAGAAGCAAGCAGCAAGAAUUUUUGACGAUGUAUACAGUUUAUUAGUUCUUUGUUUAUAUUCUGGAUUGCAUUUAUUUUUUCUGAUGUAUUAUGAAGGAGGUCUGAUGUUACAGAAAAGAGGAAAAAAACACCUAGCAAAAUUGGAACACAAGUGAUUGGUAAACAAGUCAUUGGCAAUAGAAAUGUUAAUAGCAGUUACAUACAAUAAUUACUCUGAUCCCAAAGAGAUUAGUUGAAGUUUGCAUACAUUUAAAGUCAAGUCUGUAGAGUGUUCGAUACUGUUAUUUCCUAUAUAUAUACAAUAAAAUUGAAUUAGUAGUGCUAA